UAGUAGUUCAAACUUUGACCAAAGAUCUUGAAACCAAAGUAGUUGCUUGCUAGCAAAGCUGCAAUUGUGCGCUCGAAGAGAAACAUUCAACGUUUAACAUAUAGCUGAACUGACCUAGUCACCUAGGUUCUAGGACCGUGACUGUUUCGUUCUAUCGUUUUGAACUCACUCAAGUCAGUUAAGCUCUUCUGGAGCAACGUCGCUGUGGCCCACAUUCUCCGAUUCAAGCGCGAGUCCCGUGAGCGCCUUCCGCUCACAACAAUCUCAUCGCUCGGUCAAUUUCGUCACGUCCUUGCGAGAUUCCUAACCGCAGCUAUGUCUGAUGGAGCCGUACUACCUGAUGAGUCACGAUCGCCUCCAUCGUCACAAAAGGAUGCAGGGUUGAAGAAGCUCCCGCCAUAUUGGUACCCGUAUACGACUAUGGCAAAGGAGCGCUGGCUUGGACGGGAGAUCCUAGAAAUCGUAUCGACAGAAUUCAGGGAUCGAUCUAUGGAGUACUAUCGGUACGCCCUUGAAUCCGGCGUGACAACAAUUAACGGUAAGGUCGCAACACCAGACACAGUAGUGAGGAAUGGCGAUCGUAUAGAGAAUGUUGUGCACCGGCAUGAGCCUCCAGUCACGUCUACGCCCGUCAAAAUUGUAUUACACGAUAAAGAGCGCGACUUUUUGGUCAUCGAUAAACCUGGUAGCAUACCAGUACACGCAUCUGGUCGUUACUACCGCCACAGCUUAGUGGAGAUACUUCGUAAUGAAUUUGGUUUCCCGAAAAUCUACACGAUCAAUCGCCUAGAUAGACUUACAUCUGGUUUGAUGAUCGUGCCAUUGAACGCCGAUCUGGCGCGUUCUUUAUCAGCCGAAUUCGUCAAUGGUCUAAUCCGCAAAGAAUAUAUUGCUCGAUGCAAAGGGGAUUUUCCAGCUGAGGAAGUGAUAUGUGAAGAACCCCUCCUGACUGUUGAUCGACAAAUGGGGCUAAACAUAGUGCACCCAGAAGGAAAGCCAGCGAAGACGAUUUUCAACCGGCUUCAUUACGAUUCUGCGACUAACACGAGUGUGCUACACUGUCGUCCCAUGACCGGUCGAUCACAUCAGAUACGAGUCCAUCUACAAUACCUCGGUCAUCCAAUAGCCAAUGACCCUGUUUACUCCGAGGAACGAAUAUGGGGAGCUAAUCUUGGCAAAGGGGGCGUUGAUGUUAUUCCUUGCGAGAACCGUGCUCCACCAGCGCCACCAGCGCAUCUGCUGAGUGAUAAUAGUCCGGAAGCUCUUAACCUGAAACCCUCCGACGCCACAGGCUCCCCAUUAUUGCUUGCUUCGGAAGUGGAGGACAAUGGGAAAUCGGGAGCGAAAUUGUUCCCCCGCGAAACUGGACACGAUAUUGGAAUGGGAUCGCCUGUCCCGCUGUCGUCUGAAGCGGUGGAGAUUAUAACAAGGCUCCGGAAUAUGAAGGAUGAAGACGAGGAUUGGAGUCGCUGGCGAGAUGUCGUGUUUCGAGCAAAGGGAUCACUCGCACCAAAGAACAUCCCUCGUGCGCCCCUUCCUCCACAGAACAAACGCAAAAAAGGGGGUCCUUCCCUCCCUCAAACUGCUCUGCCAGAAGAUAUGGCCUUGGCCCCACAGUUGACUCAAGGGGAAGCUCUAGCACGACUUUCGCAGAUGGAGGCCCCUCCCCCAGCUGUCGACCCAGCAACAGGAACUCUGUAUUGUUCAGAGUGCUACUUACCGUUGCAUCCUGAUCCGAAGCCAGAAAAGUUGUAUAUUUUUCUGCAUGCACUUAGAUAUACCACAAGUCUCGGGUCCUUUGAGACGGAUGUACCAGAGUGGGGAGCUGAAGGAUGGAAGUGGGACCAGGUCUAGCUGGGUAUUACGCUCAGCGAUAAGCGAUGCCAUUUUUACAUCCAUGGGCUCCAUGGAGCACUACGCACUACCCCCAAGACAGGUCAAGCGCAGCGCCCAAGUCGUUGAUAAAUUGUUCAAAAAAUUUUCUUCCCUGUGCUUAAAUGAACACAAUACGCCCUGCACAUCAUCGAGAAUUUGCCCUGAAUUU